UCGCUCUCACCCGCACGGGGAGCCCCGCCCACCCCUGACCCCGCCCCUCCCCCCGCAGUUCUGCCCCCCCAGCCGGGCCGCGUGGCCAUCGUGACGGGGGCGACGGCCGGCAUCGGGCGCAGCACCGCGAGGCAGCUGGCGCGGCUGGGCAUGCGCGUGGUCGUGGCCGGCAAUGACGAGCGCCGCGGACAGGAAGUCGUCAGCGCCAUCCGGGCCGAGAUGGGGAGCGACCGAGCGCACUUCCUGCCCCGGGACGGCUUCGAGCGCCACCUGGGCGUGAACUUCCUGGGCCACUUCCUGCUGACGCUGCUGCUCCUCCCCGCCCUGCGCGCGUCCGGGGCCGAGGGGCAGGGCUCGCGCGUCGUCACCGUGGGGUCGGCCACGCACUACGUGGGCGCCGUGGACAUGGCCGACCUUCACGGGCGCCACGCCUACUCCCCGUACGCGGCCUACGCGCAGAGCAAGCUUGCCCUCGCCCUGUUCGCCCUGCACCUGCAGCGCGUCCUGGACGCCCGCGGCGACCCCGUGACCUCCAACAUGGCCGACCCUGGCGUGGUCGACACCGAGCUGUACCGGCACGCGGGGUGGGUCUUGCGCACGGUGAAGCGGGCCCUCGGGCGGCUCGUGUUCAAGAGCCCGGAGGAGGGCGCGUGGACGCUGGUGUACGCGGCGGCCGCGCCGGAGCUGGAAGGGGUCGGAGGUCGCUACCUGCGCGACGAGGCGGAGGCGGAGCCGCUGGGGGCCGCGCGGGACCGGGAGCUGCAGCGGCGUCUGUGGGCCGAGGGCCUCAGACCCCGCNACCCCGACCUGACCCUGGUGAACCCUGUGACCUCCCGUGACCCCGGAUCGCCCCCACCUGACCUCGGUGACCCCCGCGACACCCCACGAGCCCGUACGACCCCCCUGUGA